GGCAUCAAGAAGCAAAAUCCGACUGCUAACUCCACAAAUUCGAAAACACCCGACUUUCCAAGGAGUACCGAUUCUCGACGAGCGCAUCAAAUGUCGACCAACAACACCACCGCUUUCCCGGAGACGAUAAACGGCGUUCGCGCCUUCUUCAACUCCAUCCCCUCGCAGACCGAUAAGCUUCGCUAUGUUCUUGGCCGUCUUACCAAGCCGAUCGCUCCUCGAUUGGCUGAAGCUACUGUGGUCAACUGUGUUGAUACAGAGCACUACGAGUGGGACCACUCCAAGCUGACUGAAAUUGGGCUGAAUGUGUUUGCCUCUGGAGAUCUUCGUCAAUAUGCUAACACCCUCGAGGCCAACGCCGAGAACAUGCUGAAGGAGAUCUACUUCUACCACUUCCGCAUGUUGCCCAAUGCUCAUUGCAUUAACGAGAAGUUCUGCCCAGGAAACCCGGAAGCGAAUCGUUUCGGCAACACCCGGUUUGCCACGUACGCUGAGGGCAAGGCGAUGCUCACAGAGUGCUUCAAUUGGGAUAUAAACCAGGGAAGACCUCAGGACGGUAAGUGUCCCUCCAUCCUUAUUGGUCAUGCGUUGCACAAUGACACCGGUGGCUUGGAGGAGACCAUCGGUUUCGAUCCUUACGCCUCAGGUACUGUUGUUGCUACCUUGGAUACGCAGCAGAUGGCCCGAGAGAUGGGCAUCUACAACCCAGCCGGCUCAAGGCAUGAGAUUGGACUCCGUGACCUCUGUUAUCACUUCAAAAUUCCAUACCGCGACUCCCACACAGCAAGCAACGACGCUGCAUACACGAUCAUCUCUGCCAUCUACAUGGCUCUAUAUGGACGCGACAUGCCAAAGACUGGAAAGACCGUACUUCAUUCGAUUGAAGCUGUCGAGGCCACUAGUCGCAUGUAUUCCAAUGCGCGCUUCGGGAUUUCUCGUUAUUGCACGCGUUGCCAUCGCACCAACCACUUCAAGAAGGAUUGUCACGCACGUAUCCCGCCGUGCCAUAAGUGCCAGGCGCGCCGUACACCUGGCCGGGAUGGCACGCUUCCCGAUGUGCAUUGGUUCACUAAAGGUCGUCGGGCGCAUCUCCCCGAGGAUUGCACUUGGGGUUCUUCCAUUAAGGUCCUGCACGGCCUCACGAGACGCACAGACUGGCGAGACACAUCAUGA